AUGUCGCAAGCGACCAAUAAAUACUACCCGCCAGAUUACGACGGCAAGUCGUCCGCCAACCAGCUUGCGGGAGCGAAUCCGCGCAAACCAACUGUCAGAUUCGAGCUUCCUCUGUCUGCCAAAUGCCAUGGAUGUGACAAGACCAUAGCUCAAGGAGUACGGUUCAACGCGGUCAAAACACGCCACGGCAGCUAUCUGUCGUCUCCCAUCUGGCGCUUUGAUAUCAAACAUGCUGAGUGUGGACAUCCCAUUGUCAUUGAGACGGAUCCGAAGAACGCUACCUACGUGACCGUAGAAGGAGCUACCUUCACACAGUCGGUUGUGAAGAGAGAGGAAGAAACUCCAAGCAACCCUUUUGAGGCGGUCGAGCGUGAAGUCGUCAAACAAAGGGCUGCAAAGGCCGAGGAGGAGCUCAAACAACGUCAUAUUAAGUCCGAAGACAGCAGAGAGACAAUCGCUGAAUGGACCUUCAAAUCGUCGGUGCUUUCGGCUGAUGACGCGGCCAAAGAGACACAGAAAAUGUAUGAUGAACAUCUGGACAAAGCCAGAUACCACCAGGACCUGUCAUAUAAGAUGAGGAACAGGUUCAGAGGUCAAAAACGCGCAUUGGAAGCCCAAGACCAAAGAGACAACCUUCUCAAGGACAAAAUGGGACUUCUGCGGGAUCUACCUCUUGCUAAGGAAGCGCAAGUGAUGGUUCCUCACCUGGAAAGGGGUUUAGUGGCGGAGCAAGAACUCAGGUUGAAGUCUCUAUCCCACGGUGGACUGUUUGAUUCUACCAAGCAGAAAGGAUCACUUGCACAACAAACUAGAGAGCUCUCCAGAACGCUACAGUCUAAGCCACGGCCGAAAUUGAAACUCAGAGGGAUCAAGAAACCGGCCAAACAAUAA